CUCGACCUGGGACUGUGUGACCGUGCUCGACUCGCCCGUGCUGGACUGAGCGAGCGGCGCCGCCAUAAGCAUCUUCUCCGGCAGCGGUUUCUUCUCCGCGGUGGUGGAGCGCAUUUCUCGGCAGCGGCAGAGCUAUUGCGAGAAUCGGGCUCCAUUGGAUCCGGGGGUUGUUUCUUCUCCGCGGCCCGGUGGUGGAGCGCCUAUCUCUGCAUCGGCUAUUGCGAAAUCUCGAUUGGAUAGGAGACGGAGCGAGGGCUGGAUGAGAUGGAGCGAGGAGACAGUGCUUCAAAUCGGUAUAUGCCACCCUCUUUUCUUGGCGAUUUAGAAUCGAACUCGAUUUGGUAGUGACUGCCGCCGCUGCCUGCCAUUGACAAAACAGGGGAGGUUCAAGUUCUGCCACCACAUUCGCAAUUAUAGUGGAAUUUUUUCCCUGUAAAGCCAAGCUCAGUGAUGGCAGUGUCCAAGACAUUGAUAGAGAUACCACCGUGAGGUUGGAUGUCGAAUUUGCAGAUGUUGAUCCCCAGGAAUUGCAGAGCAUGAAGGAGAAGGCCGUGGGCAAUUUGGUGGAGAGAAUUGGGGAGAGUAUUGUUUGGGGUCCAGAACAAGAGGUAUGUCUGCAACGUUUCGAUAACUAUAAUGGUGAAUAUGUGAGAAUUGAAGAUGGAGAAUCCAUGGUUGCUGAAAUUGAUCAGCAAGAAGGGUGGGCAAGCAAACAAGUAACAUUUUAUGCAGAGCUAAUUGAUCUGCAAACUCAUUCCAGAGUUGGUUAUGUGCAAUCAAAGAGGGCUGCACAGAUGGAAGAUGAUGAGUGGGUUUCACAAAAGAAGAUGUUGGCAUUGUUGACUGAACCGACUGUAGUAGCUGAAGAUACAGGGAUUGAUGCAGAUGGAGAGGAGGGAACCCAUGGUGCUAGGAAGAUUGUUGUUGACUGGAAUGUAGUAGAGUUGAAUGAAAAAACAGAUUUGGUCAUUACACCAAUAUCCGACAUUGAUAUGGCCGAAAUGUUUUGCAUUCAAGUUGAUGACAAAGAUAAGGAGAAGGAUGACAGUUCUUUGCCCGCUGAAGGUAACACAGGCCCUAGAAAUGCAAAUGAGGAUGAAGAACAGCUGAUGAGAGAGGCUGCAGAUGAUGUGGAUGAUGCAGAUGAUAAUGAGCUGGUUUGUUUGUAUGACAAAGAGAACCCAGUUAUUGAGGUGGGAAAGUUGUGGCCAAGCAUGAAGGAGUUUAGGAUGUCUUUCAGGACCUAUGCAGUGAAAAAAGAGUUUGAUGCCAAGACUAUGUGGACUGAUCGAAAGAAAUUUUAUGCUCGGUGCAAAGGUUAUGAUGGUGGUGGCAAUCCUUGCAAAUGGUACUUGUCUGCCAAACUACAACCUGAUGGAAGUACAGUAAGGGUAAAUCAAAUACCACACCAGCAUACAUGUAUGACCACUUCACAGAGAGUUUCAAAGAUGACAUCACAGCUUUGGGUUACAGAGAAGAUUACUCCUAUUUUAGCCAAGACUCCAAACACUACUGCAAAGAGGCUUAAAGUUGACUUGGAGAAGCUGUACCCCAUCCAGCUGCAAUAUACCAGUGUGGAAAGCAAAACAAAGGGCCAUGAAAUCAUUGUAUGGUGACUGGGCAAAUACAUUUAGGAUGUUGUAUAGUUUUAAAGCAGAGGUGGAGAAGAGGUCACCUGGGAGUGUGGUGGAGAUAGAUACAGAGGUAACAGAGGAUGGCAAGGUUUUAUUCAGCAAGUUUUUUAUGUGUUUGAAGCCUUGCAUAGAUGGAUUCAAAGCAGGUUGUCGUCCAUAUUUGAGCAUAGACUCAUCUUUUUUGACUGGAAAGUGGAAUGGUCAGUUGGCUGCAUGCAAUGCUCUAGAUGGACAUAACUAGAUGUUCCCAAUUGCAAUAGGAAUGUUUCAAUCAGAGACAGAGGCAUCAUGGAUAUGGUUCAUGAUGCAACUGAAAAGAUGCAUAGGGCCAAUUUCUCCUUUGGCCAUCCACACAGAUGCAUGUAAAGGGUUGGAAAAUGCAGUAAAAAUGUUUUCCCCCAUGCUGAGCAGAGGGAGUGCUUUGGACAUAUGUGGAUGAAUCUGAUAAAAAAAUUCAGAGGAGAUGAAUUUGGGCGCAUGUGGCCAGCAGCAAGAUCCUACACCAGACAGACACAUUCCUAUCACCUUGGUAAGAUAUUGGCAUCAUGUAGUGAUAAUGAAUUUGCUUCAUGGUUGAACACCCACCAUUCUCUGUUGUGGUAUAGAUCAGGUUUUAAUACUGCCAUAAAAUGUGAUCAUAUCAAUAACAACUUGGCAGAAAGUUUUAACAACAAAGUGAAGGAUUUGAAAGACUUGCCUGUGCAUGACAUGGUGGACCAAAUAAGGAUCAUGAUGAUGCGUUUGUGGGAGUUGAGAGGAAAAAUUGCUAAUAUUUUGGAAGGGGAGAAGCUUCCAACAGUGGUACAACAGGUGGUCAACAGGAGUAGAAAUCUUUCACAUCUAUCUGUUGAGAAAUCUUCCUUGUGGGGUGCUGAAGUUAGAGAUACAAAGAGUAGCAAGAGGCAUGUGGUAAAUACUGAGUUGCAUGAGUGCACUUGCCAAGAGUGGCAACACACUGGAAAACCAUGUGAGCAUGCCAUACUUUUUUUGGCAUCUAAACCCAGGUUAAAUAUGCACCCAUAUUUGCAUGAGUAUUAUUCAGUACAAAAAUUCAAAGCUGCAUAUGCAAGUCCAAUUCCUGCACUGACUCACCAAUCUCAGUGGCCUGAGGUGGAAAUAGAAUUUACCUUGUGUCCCCCUGUCACUAGAAGAAAGGCUGGGAGGCCUAAACAGAGCAGAUUCAAAGCUUGGUUUGAGAAAGGUGGUUGUAGUAAGAAGGGGAAAAAGGAAAAGGAAAAGAAUGAUAAGCCCAAAAGGGCUCAAAAAGGUAACAAAAAUAGGUGCAAGUUGUGUGAGGUAGUUGGGCACAGAAUUGGUUCAUCCAAGUGCAUCUACACUCCUCAGAGGCCAAAGUAUGUUCAUGUUACUGUUUUUGCAAGUUUUUGAUUUUGCUACUUGUUCUAGUAUCUAACCAAGUCAAAUGCUUUAUUUUUUAGGAGGAAGCGUGCAGAAAAAGCCCCACCUCUUGUUGUUGAACAAUGCUGGCCAGUGAAAAAAGCAAGACUCAAUGGCUAUAGAAGGAAGAGCACUAAGCAGAUAAUGUUUGGUGACAAAGAUAUGGAGCUAACUGAAACUGUUACUGCUGAACA